ACAAAGGCUGAUGCCAUAAAAACACCCAACCUCUGUGGAUCAGUCACGGAACUGAUAACUCCCAACCGACUGAGGGUGGUGAGGGCACCUCACAGGUUGCCCAGAAAAGCUGUGGAUCCCUGGAAGUGUCCAAGGCCAGGGCUUGAAGCAACCUGGGCCAGUGGAAGGUGUCCCUGACAAUGGCAGGGGAGCGGAACUGGAUGAUCCAUAAGGUCCCUUCCGACCCAAACCAUUCCUGAUUCUAUGCUUGUAACGGUUGGAAUUGAUGAUAUUAUAGGUCUUUUCCAACCUGAACGAUUCUAAGUGGCUGCAGGAAGAAAACCACCAGGUAUGUUCCCCAAACCUGACGCAGGAAUGGAAUAGUUUUCCAAAGCUCCCGGAGCCUUCCUGCUGCGUGUGGCAGCAACUGUCACGUGAACCCAGCUGAUUGCAGACUCUGCCUAAUGAACGUGGGCAGCAGAUGACAGCUGCUCCAGUGCUUUGGAACUCUGCUUCCAAAGCCAUUCCACACUAGUAGGUGGCCGUGCUAUUUUGGAUGUAUGAAAGCACCGCAAGGCUUGGAAACAUCCAUCUCAUUCCUUGACAGUUCAAACAGAAAUAAGUGUCUUGACAGAAGGUAAAUGGAAAAAAAAAUCACUCACGUUCAUUCUUCUAGGAACUGGGUUUAGUGGUGAUUUCAGAGAGUCAUGGAAUCACAGAAUGGUUUGGCUUGGAAGGGACCUCAAAGAUCAUCCGGAUUCAACCCCCUGCCAUGGGCAGGGACACCUCCCACUAGCCCAGGUUGCUCCAAGCUCCGUCCAACCCGUCCUUGGACACUUCCAGGGAUGGGGCAGCCACAGCUUCUCUGGGUACUUAAGGACAUCUUAGGAAGCAGCUGGGAUACAAAGGCAAUAGAAUGGCUAAAUAAGACUCUGCAUGAAAAUGGGGCAAGUGCAAUUUGUUAUCAAGUGCCAGCAAAGUGGUUCCUCCGGCUGCGAGGACAAAAUAGAAGCCCCACAACAGAUGAGGAACGUCGAGUGGGAAAUUAGGAGUCUAAUUGGUGUCUUAGGAGCCAGAUGAGUGAAAUGACCUUUGGGUGCUGGCAGCACCAGUGUCUCAGAAAACACUGAUGGGUAUUGGCCCUCAGCAGCAGAACCAGGAUCCUCCCCAGUCCUGUCCACCAACCCCAGGGAUUUGCUGGGCUGGAUGGAAGAGGCUGUGUGAGACUCAUGCAGAUGAAUCACCCACACAAACCUGAAUCUCCACCUCGCACACGGACUGAAAUUUAAAACAGACAAGAGAUUAUUCCCAGCCUGGUUUGGGAGCCCUGCUGACACACGGAGCCUUCAGAGCGGCAGGAGGGAGGAGAAGAGCCUGAUCCAGGUGGGCUCCAAGCUGGCAGCUCCCAGCAGUCCGGGUGCCUCCGAGGAGCUCUCCUGCUCCUCAGGCAGCGUGGGCUGAGGCUUUGCCACUCCACACACCUACUUCCUGCAAUCCUGGCAAUUACCAAUCGUGUAAAACCCAGUUCCUGACGUGGCUGACUCAGCAAGGGCUUGGCUCAAAACAAACACAUCCGAGCAGGAGCUGCAGCCCGGGAAGAGGCGACGGGCGGCACAUGAAGAGACGGCGGCGGCGGCAGCUCCGGGGAUUUUUAGCACUCUGGGUCCAACCUGGCUGAAUUCCCGAACUCCCGGCUCAGCUGUCCCCAGACUGGCUCCUUCAUCCUGGUGAGCGUGGCAGGCACAGUUCUCCGAGUGCUCCAGCAGCUUCUCCUCUGCGCCCUCGGACUCGGGGCUGCUCCGACACGCCCUACGGGAACGGGGCAGGAAGAGGCUGUUCCUGCUGCGUGGCUCGCUGCUGAUCCCGUGGCUUAAGUCCAGCACCUGCCUGUGAGGAGUCAGCAGGUCCCUUCUCCUCACUGCCUCCCCUCAGCAUGGAUACCUGGCGCAGAGGGUCCAUCAAGUCCACCACGUUCUUCAGACGUUUCUCCCUCAGGAGGCACAAAAAGCUGGGCAACCAAGUCAUCAUCCUGAACCAGAACAGCCACACUCUGGACACUGACGGCCAGAAGAGGGAAGGCUUGAGGGAUCUGAAGGACAAGUCUGAUUACCUGUCGUGCCAGAGCGAGCAGAACCUGGCCAAGGCACAAGCCCCUCCCAAGCCUCCCCGGCUGUACCUGGACAGUUCCAGCUGCCCCAACAUCAUCGACCACACCGACUCCCACUCCGACAUCUCCUUUUCCGACGCCGCUCAGUACCACAAAGGCACUCAGACACACAAGGACCAGGCUACAGACCACGGGACCUCAGAGGCAGGUUCCCAGAACGGCACCACUCUUCCCGACCUGGCUGACCCCUUCCUGUCCUUCAAAGUGGAUUUGGGGCUAUCGCUCCUCGAGGACGUCCUGCAGACCCUCAGGAAACAGAACCCGAGAGAUUAUGCCAUCUGAAGGUAUUUAUCAUUCACCACAUCCCAUUUACCCGAUGCUGCUGCCAGUUCCUCUGAUCCCAGCGGGAGGAAGGAUGCUGGAGCAUGCCUGUCGUGUGUGGCCUGUUUUGUUGUCCUUGCCUCACCCACCACAGACCAUCCCUGUCCUUGCCAAGGAAUCCUCUGGAGCAGAGCUCAGGUGAGAGCACUGUUUCCACUCUUCACCCUGGGAAUCUCCCACUCCGGACUGUGCGUCUCCUCCUCAGGGAAGAACGGCAUCGUUUGGGAAAGACUUGUUAUUUUGGGGAUGUGGCUGUGACACUGCGGGGCAGGGACACCCAGGGACUUGGCAUGGAUCCCUUGUGGGACAGCAGGCAGCCUGCAAGGAGACAGCAGCACUGCACCUCAAAGCCACAGGUGUGGCAAGGGCCGAGAGACGGGAACUGGGGGUUCUUCUCCCACCGUGUCUGGAUGUGAAAAAUCAAAGCUGUUCCUCUUUUUUUUUUUUUUUCUUCUUCCUCCUUGUGGGUUUCUUUUUCCCCAGCUCCAGUGCAGCUGGCACUCCCAGCCUGGAAACAGGUAAGCAUCCACUCGUGCUCGUGAUAGAGCACCAGCAGUGGGUUUAUCCUCCUGGCAGGGGAGAGGAGAUGUCUCCACACACUGCUGCCUCACGCAUGCACUGAGCUCCCAGCUGUACAGACAUGGAAGAAUAAAUGUAUUUGUGACUGGAA